CGUCCGGAAACGACGCCUGUUAUGAGGAUGGAAUGAUUAAAAAAUAUUCGUGUACAGAUUUUGAAUGACGGUUAACGAUGACACAUGUAUGGAUACAAUGUGCGUUGGUUUUUGGAAUAUUCUGUAGGUUGGAGUUUGUUCGAUUGAUUACUGUAUUCGCAGGGAAUAAGGAGAUACCGAUAGAAAUAUUAGUAUAUGAUAAAUUGUACUCGGAUUAAAGGUUUUUUUGUUAUAUUGAGAAUUUUGGUUUUCGUCGAUGCGUUCGAUUUAGAAUUUAUGAUGAUUAUGUGGGUAUUCCGGUUCUGGUGUAAUGGUUAUUUUGUGUGAGAAACGAGCGGGGUUUUGUUAUAUGGAUUAUAUUUUUAUUGAUUAUUGCGAUUUUAGUUAUUUAUUCCUCUGAGUAAUUGAAUUUUUAACUGAGUUAAUUGAAGUUGGCUGAUUAUGUUUUCUUCGAUGUGCAACGGAAUCGAUACUGAGUAGCUUGUAUCGUUGAUCGAUAGUGAAGAUUAUAUCGCUGGAAAUUUGAAGGAAAUAUUAUAACCUAAUAAAAAUAGGAACCGCAAAUAUUAAUAUAUUCUGAAAGUGUCAGUUAAUUUGAAAAUAGGAAUUUAGAUUAUGGAUGGUGUACAAAUAAGAAAUUAUAAGGAUUUUAUACUUCUGUAUAAUCAAAUAUCUGAAGCAUGUUUCCAACGCUGUACGAACACAUUUAUGUCAAGGAACAUUUCUGCAGAGGAGGAAGUCUGUGUGAGAAAAUGUGCAGACAAGCAUAUUCGUGCAAAUCAAAAAACAAUGGAAAUAUUUAUGGAAUUACAGCCUGCUAUCGUACAAAAGAGAAUAGCAGAAGUUCAACAAACUCAAGCAGCUUUAGAAGAACAAAUGCAAGCUCAAAAUACUUGAAAAUAACGCAUAUUUAGUUUUAUAUAAAUGAAUUGGUUUGCAUUAUAUGUAUUUUAGAAUGUUUUUUGAAGUAAUAUGCUUGAAAACAAAUUUUUUAGACCAAUUGUUUUACAAUAGGUAUACUUCAAACUGUAUAAAGAAUGUUUAUUUAUUAUUAUCCACUGCCACCUAUAUUGAUACUUAUCAAUACAUCAGAACAUCAUUUUAAACAAACUGAGAAUAACUUGCUCUCCAGUGUCUAAUUAUAUGCAACAGAUUGUAAUUUAUUAGUCUUUUAUAAUUAUAUUAAUUUUAAGUUAAUAAUUGAAUGACUGAAUACUGCCUCUGUUAAUAAGCAAUCAAAACUCUGUACAAAACAAAGUAUAUAAGCAUUCAUUUAUUAUUAGGAGUUUGUAUACACAUAAUAUACACACAAUAACAUUAUGAGUAGGAACAUAAUAUAUUAGCUACAAUACGUUUUAUAAAUUAAAAAGUGCUCAAAUUGCAUUCCUUAAUAAUGCAAGUUAUUCAAUAUUGAUUUUUAUGCUUACUAGUAAUUAAUAAAUAUAAGACUCUUGAGUUUCGUUUUAUUACAGUAUGUUGUAAUGGCUUAAGCAUAUCUUAACCAAAAUUUGUUGCAUAAUGGAAUGUGUUUUCUGUAUGAUCAUAGUAAAUUUUUUAAUAUGUAUAGAAAUUCCAAGGUUGCUUGAUACAUAAAUAUAAAUUACAUUAUUUCUGUCACUUCUAUUAGUGUCCCAGAGAUAAGAACAAAUUCAUAGAUAUGAAAACCUACGAAAAUGUUUAAAUUAUGGCAAAUUGCAUACAUUUUUCAUAUACCAUCCACUUACAUUCACUGUUUUACACGUAUUAAAAAUGUACUUUGUGAUCACAUUGGAAGGAAUUUAUUACAAAAUUACGAUAAAACGUAUUGAUGAUAUAAUAUUAAUAGAUUAGGUUUCUUCUUAUUUAACUUAAUUUACUAUCGAUGCUAACGUAAACUAUGAGUGUAAGCAACAAACAAUGGCGGCAAUGUACAUACAUUUAUUUUACCUAUACUAAAAACGUGUUCUAUGUAUGAAGCAUAAAGAUUUAUAAUACUUUAAUAGAGAUUCGAUAUACUAUUGUUUUGAAGUAAAAGAUACAGUCAUCAAUAAUGUUAACACACAUAAAAGAAAAUGUAAACUAUAAUUUUAAUUCAUCUAAUUUAUAAUCAUUUACUUAAAGAGUAUGACUAGUUUAUUAAACGUUCCAAUAGUUGUAUUUAUUUAAACAAUACUGUUUUAUUGAUAAAAACUUUUAUAGAUAUAUAUAUUUUUUUAUUCAAAUACUUGAAAGUAUUUCUGAAAAAUAAAUCAUAAU